AUGCCAGUGGCAAAGAAGCCACUCCAAAAUAGUGCUGCUCUAGUGGCAGAAAAUCAUGUGAUGAAUGUUGAAUCAGAAGAACCUGAAGAUGCUACACCACUGCGCGUGGAAACUGUAAAUCCAAGUACUAGUACUACCAUCAAGAGGGGCACACAAGAAGAUUCAGAGAUAGAAAAAACUGGUUAUGGGGAGAUGCUAAGUCAUCCAAAUGCAUUGAGUCAAAUCAUUGCAAGUGUUAUUAAAGAGAUUACCAAAGAUGCUGGUGGCCUAGCUAACCUUUCAAGGAGCUUGGAAGAACUGAAUGCUGCAUUAAGAGUAAUCAGAAGGACCAUGAAAUUGAAUGCAGCCGAACCAUUUAACAAACCUGUAGAUCCCGUUGCACUUGGAAUUCCUGAUUACUUUGAUGUUAUCAAGACACCUAUGGAUUUUGGUACGAUAUGCAACAACCUUGAGAAUGGCGUAAAGUACAUGAAUUCAGGAGAUGUGUUUAAGGAUGUAGAAUAUAUUUGGUCUAAUUGUGUCAAGUAUAAUAAGAAGGGUGAUGUUAUAUUGGAGCUCAUGAAGAGGGUGAAGGCAUACUUCAUGAAGUACUGGAAAUCAGCCAAAUUACAAAGCAAAAAAUCACCGCCUGUUGUUGAGUCUUCUGUCUUGAGGCACAAAGAAGAAGAGAAAGACAAGCCACAAACUUCAGUUGCCAAUAAUUCUGCUCAUUUGCAGCAAAAGGAGACUGGUCAACCCCAUCAGAACUCCAACCAGCCACAAUCUUCAUCUUCAACAGAAGAAGAUGAGCCUAACCCUGAAUCUGCAGUUGUUAAAAAGAAGCGCCGAUUUCAAGGACCCACCCCUUCCCCUGAAUUAGUCAACACAAUGAAACGGAUAAAAAUCAGAACCAAUAAACGUGGGAAGCCCGUGGGUCCUGGGGCAGCCCAAUUAACCAGUUUGUUGGGUGUCAUUGCAUGUGAUGUGAACUUUGCUCCCCUUACUUAUUAUGAUUGGAAGAAAAUCCCACAAGAGAACAAAGACAACAUGUGGCAGGAAGUUCUGACCAAGUUUGAUAUUGACCCCGAUUGUCGAAGAUGGGUGAUGUUGUCCAUUAAGAAAAAUUGGAGGAGCUUCAAGUCCCACCUUAAGGCUAAUCAUUAUGAUGUUCACGAGACUGAUGAAGAUCGCCUUGCAGACCGUGAUGAGCGGGUCCCACCUGAUCAGUGGUUGGCCCUUGUUUCUCAGUGGAGCUCCGAGAAAUCGCAGGUUGCUUUUCGUGACAUGGAAUCAGGUUCUUCGGAUCAUGAUGAAGACUCCAAACAAAGAGCUCUGAUGAUAAAAUUAAAAGCUAUUAAAGAGAAAAUAGUAAUUACCUACAAUAAAAAAGGUGUACCAAUUGGAGAUGAAGCAGCAAAACUCGCUACUUUUGAGGGCUUCGUAGCAAGAACAAUGGUGCCCAUAACAUAUGCCUCUUGGAAGGAUGUUAGUAAGGAAACAAAGGAAGAGUUAUGGCAAUGUGUUUUGAUGAAUUUUGUACUUGACCCAAAAAGUCGGAAGCACACUCUCCAAUCGCUUGGGAAAAAGUGGAGAAACUUCAAACAUCAUCUAUAUGAUAAAUACAUUAAGGAAUAUAAAAAUGACCCUGAGGCGAAUUUACUCAAUCCUCCCGAUAAGUAUCCAUUCUUGAAGAAAGAAGACUGGAAACUUUUUGUAGAACAAAGACUUUCGGACAAGUGGGAGGAAAAAAGUAAUGACGCUAAAAAAGUCCGUGCACAUCAUAAAUACAAUCAUCGUUUGAGCAGAAAAGGAUAUGCCAGACUCGUUGUUGAGAUUAUGCAACAAACGGGGAAGACAGAAGAGGAGAUUGAUAGAACAAUGUUGUGGAAAAAAGCAAGAGAAACAAAAGAAGGAGGUUACGACCCUGACGUCAAGGUGAUUGUUGAUAAAAUGGAUAAGCUGCAGAAUUCGGAAAGUUGUGGAGAGGUUACAUAUGGAACAAAUGAUGUGCUUACACAAGCACUAGGUACUCAAGAAAACCGUGGGCGUGUACGUGGGAUGGGUAAAUAUGUAGCACCACACCAAUAUUUUUUAUUACCCAAAACUGUUAAGCAAUACUUGGACCUUGAGAACAAGAAGUUGGAUCAACGCUUCAACAAGCUUGAAGGUGAGGUAGAGAAACUUAAAAAAAGAGGUGUCAAUCCUGUUUCUGAAGGCGCAAGUCGCCAAAUGUGGGGCAAUGAAGAUUUACAAGACCAACCACUUGAUAAUUCUUGUUAUCUUGCGCUUGAUGUUGCCACAAAUAUAGUUGCUAAAGGAACCAUAACCAAGGACAGUGUCUCGGAUGAAAACAUUCAAGUUAUGAUGGAAACAUCUGUACAAGGAGAAGCUUUACUACCGGUUCCACUGGAAGAGGAGUUCAUUGUGAAGGUCAAAGAUGCAGUUGGGCACAUACUGAGCUGGCCGAGAUAUCUAGUCAUUCGAUGCUCUGAUUUGGAAAAAGUGGUGGGGAAACCAAUGGAAAAACAUGGAAAACUUGUAAAAGAAGAAUUAGAGGGUAAAAAAGAAGAAAAACGGCAAAGAGAGUCAGAUGAGGUAAAGGAGAAAGGAAAAGAAACGGAGAUCUCGCCAAGGAGGAGGACGAGAGCACAGAUGAGGACAAGGAUAAGAAUUGAAAAUAAUCGUGUUUUGAAAAUGACUGCACGUAUGGUUGAUGCACAAGUUUUAAAGGCAGAGUCUAUAAAAGUGCAGUGUGAGGACGAUCUAUUUGGAUACGAGAGUUACACGUACUUAUCUUAUGAAGAUUUUGAAGUGGUUUUUACAUUGGAUGAGCUGACCGGUGUUGUUAUUACUUGUUAUAUGAUGUACUUGUUUGAGCAAAUCAAGAAUGGGCCAAAAAGUGAUCAUGGAAUUUGUUUUGUGAGCCCGACUGCAAUCUCGCCACGCGCACGUAAAGACAAAUUGAAAAAUAUCGCUGAUGCAAGUAAAAGCGUUGCAGAUCGGUUGUCUACAAGAAAGGACAAUGACCUCAUCCUAUUGCCCUACAAUCCUGGAAGACAUUGGGUGUUGGCCGUACUUGACAUGAAAACAGCUACUUGCUAUUAUCUUGAUUCCCUGAGGCCCAACAAUGUCAAUUCGCAGUUGAAGAACAUUAUUGAAGCGGCAAUGGUCUUGUACGCUACACAAAGUGGAUCCAAUAAAAAGGUUAAACUCAACUGGAUCAAUGUUACGUGUCCUCGUCAGCCGGGAGGUACUGAAUGUGGCUUCUAUAUGUUAAAGUUCAUGAAAGAGAUAGUUGAGGAAGGAGUUGAAGUGUUGAUCAAUAAAAAUGUUGGGGGCGGCAAGGAUAUGUACACGGAUGCUGAUAUUGAUGAACUUCGCGAAGAAUGGGCGUAUUUUGUGACGAAUUUUAUUUUCCGGUGAUAUUUUGUGUCGACAAACAAGAUUUUUGAUAACUUAAUUUGAAAUGUUUCUUAAUUAGUAUGACAUAUGAUGUUAUUGUGUACAAUGGAUUAUUGUAUAAUGACUAAAUAUUAUGACAAACAUUUUGUGUGU